GUUCUAUAUAAAAAAUGAGGCGGUGUUGACAUCUGUCAAGUUAGUAAACAAAAAUCAAACCAAAUACUGAGGAAUUCUAGGCGAUUUUCGCAAAAUAAUUACAAAAGUUAAGUGGUGAUUCCGCGAAUUUAUAAAAAUGGGACGAAGAAAGUCUAAAAGAAAACCAGCUCCAAAAAGGAAGGCCAUCGAGCCUCUGGAUACCCAGUUCAAUUGCCCAUUCUGUAACCACGAAAAAUCUUGCGAAGUAAAAAUGGACAAAGGGCGAAGCACUGCGCGCAUAACCUGCAGAGUAUGCCUUGAAGAUUUCCAAACCACAAUAAGUUUUCUAUCGGAACCAGUGGAUGUGUACAAUGACUGGAUAGACGCUUGUGAAACUGCAAAUUAGUUAGGGGUUUUUAUAUUAUAAUGGUAGUAUUAGCAACAUUAAGUUAGUCAUAUCAAUGCAUAAAAUGUGACAAAAUCUUUCAAAAUUUAUUACUGACAGUGUCAUUUGAUCUGCCUUAAAGUUGCUAUAAAAUCUUCAGUAUACCAAACCAUUUUAUGGCUACGUACACAGUACAAGGCUUCCUGAAAUUUCUACCACAAGUAUUUCAAAAUGCAGAAACUCAAGUAGCACUGCUUGGUUUUCUAUCAGUAAUUGGAGCAUGGGUAGUUAUUACGAAGGUUAUACAGUUUUUACUAUCUAUUAUUUGGCCUCUCAUCAUACUAGCAUUCUUAAUGAUAAUGAUGCCAAACUGGUGUGUAGAAGUGUUCCCACGUUAUGCAGAAAUGUUCAUCGAUACAGUGAGGAGAACCUAUGGGCAUUAUGCGGCAAAUUAUCAUCUGAGGAAAGAACCAAGAGCCUACCCUCCUCCAAAUCGCAGAACUAUAAUGUAAGGUGAUCUUACAUACCCAGGAGACAAAGUUUUUAUUUAAUGAUUUUAAUAUGCUUUAUACUGGUGUUUUAGGGGUUAUAAUUUUAUAAUUUGCAAUAUAUCAUUUAUAUUUAAU